AUGGCUCAGCUGCAAAGUCCUGGAAGUGAUUCUGAUGGUACCAAUCAUGUUCACAACCAAAGCAUAGUAGUUCCUGCUCAACUCAUUGAAAUUGCAGACAGCUAUGAAAAGAAAGAGCUUUCCUGGUUUGUUGCCUCUCAAAUCCCCACAGAUCUAUCAAUUCAAGUGCAGGAUAUCAUCUUCCAUGUUCACAAGUAUCCAUUGGUUGCAAGAUGUGGCUACCUGACUCGAGUCGAACUGCAGUCUGCAAGCUCGAGUUUAGGCUAUGACCUCAAACUGGAAAACUUCCCAGGUGGAUCAGAAACAUUUGAGAUCAUUCUGAAAUUUUGUUACGGUCUACCGGUAAGCUUAAACCCCAAUAACGUAGCUGCACUAAGAUGUGCAUCAGAAUUUCUAGAGAUGACCGAAGCACUGGAAGAUGGAAACCUGCUAUCUAAGACAGAAGCUUUCCUUACAAUUGUAGUCCUUUCUUCAUGGAGAGAUUCCAUUACUGUCCUAAAAUCCUGUGAGACUCUGUCUCCUUGGGCUGAAAACCUCCAACUUGUGCGACGAUGUUGUGAUUCAAUUGCUUGGAAGACUUCCCAGGAAAAUUCAACCUCCGGAGAAGUGAUGAGUGAAGAAAGCUGGUGGUUUGGCGAUGUGGCUACUCUUCGCAUUGAUUAUUUCAUGAGGAUUAUAACAGCAGUAAGGGCAAAAGGAUUAAAACCAGAAAUAAUUGGCUCGUGUAUCAUGCAAUACGCAGAAAAAUGGUUGCCGGGCAUGGAUGUAGAGAUGGAUGGAGCAAAAAAAUUUGGUCAUGUAAAAAGUGAUCUGCAGUGGAAUAUUAGGAGUGGUAGGAGGCAGGAAGGGGCGGUUGGAAACAAUAAAGAGCAAAGAACGAUUAUAGAAAGCCUAGUGAGCCUCCUGCCUCCUCAGAAAGAAGCUGUUUCUUGUAAGUUUUUGUUGUGGAUGUUAAAAAUGGCUAUAGUAUAUUCCGCAUCGCCAGCUUUGAUUUCAGAUCUGGAGAAACGAGUCGGCAUGGUGUUGGAAGAUGCCAAUGUUAUUGAUCUUUUGAUUCCCAGUUAUACAAUGGGGGAUCAAGGGAAGCCAGUGAAUUCAACAGAAGAACAGACAAUGCACAAUAUAGAUGUCGUGCAAAGAAUCAUGGAGUAUUUUUUGAUGCAUGAACCGCAGCUGCAGCAACAAAAAUCGGGAAAACUGAACAUUAGCAAACUACUAGACAAUUACCUUGCAGAAAUAGCAAAGGACCCCAAUCUCUCCAUCACCAAGUUUCAAGUUUUGGCUGAAGCAUUGCCAGAGAAUUCUCGGACAUGUGAUGAUGGCCUCUAUAGAGCCAUUGAUAUUUACCUCAAGACUCAUCCUUCACUAUCCGAACAUGACAGAAGAAGGCUAUGCAAAGUCAUGGACUGCGAGAAGCUGUCACUUGAUGCAUGCACGCAUGCUGCACAAAAUGAUCGAUUGCCUCUAAGAACUGUGAUACAGGUUUUGUUUUCAGAGCAAGUAAAAAUGAGGGCGGCAAUGCAAGGGAAAGAUCAAGCAGCAAGUGAUGAUAACUCAGACCAGGAAGGUGUCGGCUCAUCUACAAAGAAGGAGAUCAAGACCCUCAAAGCAGAACUGGAGAAUGUAAAGAUAAGAAUGACAGAGCUGCAGAAAGACCAAUCUGAGCUGCUGCAGGAAUAUGAAAAGCUAAACAAGAAGCAAAGAAAUAUAUCAAGUUGGCCCUUUGGAUGGAGGAAGAUAAAGAAGUCUGCUCUUUUGCAGGUACAAGAAGGGGAUGAAACUGAUGAAGGACAACAACAGAGACCAAAUCCCACUGGCUACAGAGUAGCCAUCCGCCGAAGGCAAUCCAUCUCCUGAGAUUUAUCAGAUUCAACAUCUACACUAGAAAUUCCAAAUCCAGGAAACAGCCAUCUUCUUCCAAAGUUGGCUGGUUGAUGUAUAACGCGUAUCUGAUCAUAGCUAUUGUGGUUUACUUGCCUGCGACUGUGGCUUCUCACUUGUGAGCAGAUUUAAGAAACCCACAGUUUUUCCUACUUAUAGAAAUCAGCUCAAACAUGGAUACAUAUCAAUAGUAAUCAUAUCUUUGUACAAGUCCAACAUAGACUCAUGCA